AUGUCUGAAUCUGCGCAUCCUCAUGCGGGGCCCUCUGAUGACUCGCCGUGCUACAACUGCGGCGGCAGAGGCCACUGGGUUGUUGCUUGUCCGGAGCCGACAAGAAAGACUCCUGCUGGCCUUGCCAACGCCUGGAGGAAUGCUCCAAAUGCCGGCCAAGGCAAUCAUCGGCAGCAUCAUGGAGGAAGCUCAAAGAGAGUAAACAAGGGGCCUAUCAUCACCAAAUAUGCACCUCCUCCACCUCCACCUCCACCACCGCCGUCUCACCCUUCGUCUCUGAGCCAUGGCACAGCUUCAUAUCCACCACCUGGGCCACCAUAUCCCCAGCAGAACGCUCAGUUCCAGGCCCCAUAUGCUCAUUAUCCGCCUGCUGCGCACUACCCAGCUGGCUAUGGUCCAGCCUACCCACCACAGCAGUACCAUCAGCCGUCUUACGGUACAGCUCCUGCAGCCCAAGCGGGUUAUGCAGCUCAUCCUCCUGGGCCACCAGCAUCACAGCCACCGGCACCAUAUCCUGCUGCGUACCCUUCGUAUCCGCCUGCUGGGCCAUCCAGCGCGCCUGGCUACCCGCCCCAAACUUCGUUCGCUCAGUCGUAUCCGCAGCCGCCAUACGGACUGCCCCCAGUUCCUUACCCUGUUCACAGUGGGCCUCAUUAUCCUCCUCCACCCAAGCCGCCACAUGUUUCUCGUCCUCAUUCUGGUUUGAACCAGCCAGUCCAUCAUUCUCUUCCACCAAAGCCCCCAAGAAGUGUCCAUACGCAGCAAGAGCCGCAUCGAGAUCAUAGGAACAGACGGAAGCAUGAUCGUCAAAACAAACACCGUGAUAACAGACGCCGGGAUCAAGGCUCUCGUCAUCGCUCUUCCCAACAGAAGAUGCAAAACAAGAAUAACCGUUCUAACCGAGGCAAUCGCUCUAAUCCUAGAUCCUCCCAGAAAGCAUCGGCCUCGACCAAUGCGGAUAACACCAAAGGUGCUCCACUGUCGUCAGUAGAAGACCUUGAAAAGAAUGCCAAACUUGGAUCUGAAGCCCCAAAGGAAGGCUUCCGGGAAGAUUCAACUGCGACCGAGAUACCAGCGUCGGAUAAGGCGCGGGCAUAUGGACACGAGGACGACCAGUCCCGCCAGUCUAUUUCUGGUGAGCUUGACGACGACUCCGAAACGGCGGAUUCUGAGUCUGGAGAGUCUACUGACGGCGAUGAACCCGAGCCGGCGCGGACGCUCAUAUCUGAUGACGAGGCAGUGUCGGCACAGGGUGACGGACAUCCUUCACAGAACCCUCAAGAUCAUGGGAAAGACGAAACCUCAACUUCUGGUAGUUUGGCUCCUGACAUGUCUCAUCCCAACGGAAAGCACAAGCGUCGAGACGACGAGUCAGAGGAUGAACGUCAGCCAAAGAAGUCAAAGGCUACCUCCUCGCUUGCACAUGGUGGCCCAAAAGACGCUGAAGAGGACAACCAAACAGAAGCGCAGCACGAUACUGAAUCAGCUAUCCAGGGCGACGAUGUGCCAACUGUAGAAGAAGAAGAAGACGGGCCCAUCUUGCCUCCCCUGGACCCUGAAUCUCGGGGUCGAUCAAAGGAGGGUCAUCAGAGGCCGAAAUCUAGGAACUCGUCGGUUUCUAGCCGAUCAUCCGACUUGAAUUCACUGGAAGCUGAGCUCUUGGGGCGACCUGCUAAGCAAAGGUCUCCCGACGACAUUGGUCUCCACCAACGGCAGGAUCGUGUAGCAAUGCCUAAGAUGCAACGCCGCCGUCAACCAAAUGCGGAUUCUGCAUACAGCCGUCGUUGGUGA